UCGUUAUAAUGACACACUAAAUCAUCAUUCAUGUAUAACCGCGCAGGCGACAUCAACUCUCUCAAUAAUACAAUAAAUAAAUGUCAAGGAAUUUAAAGAUAAGAUAUUUAACAAAUUACUGCUGCAGUUAAUAAGUUUAUUCACAAACCGUUCAAAAUUAGUGUGUUCGCGGCAUUUUGACUGUGCGCUAGACACUGACAAUGGUUUCGACGAGUGCAGAUUCGAAUAACUUUGAAAAUAGUGUAGUGGGAAAUAAUGAACCUAAUUCAGGAUGCAACAAUAAAAGAAAUGGAAUAUGUGGAAUAAGACAUUUGCAAGUCACAUUAAUGUUUGGCGCUGUUUUCAUGGGCUACGCGACCAGACUUAACAUGUCAAUUGCUGUUGUUGCAAUGUUAGAUCCAAAUGCUUCCCCAAAUCCAGAUGUACCCGUAUACGAUUGGGAUAAUCAAGGAACCAUACUAUCCUCUUUUCUCUGGGGUUAUUGUGUAUCUCAAGUGGUAACUGGUUAUUUCGCGGACAGGUUUGGAUCGUAUUGGAUUUUAAUGAUUAGUAUGGGCUGUAACUCGGUAUUAUCCAUAAUUAUACCUUUUAUUACGCAAUAUGGUUCGAAUGCUGUCAUCGUAUGCAGAUUAUUUCAAGGCAUCAGCCAAGGACCUUUAUUCCCAUGCAUUCAAUUUCUACUAGGAAAAUGGACACCGAUCAAAGAAAGGGCUAGAUUUGUCGCCGUAACACAAUCAGGAAUCCAACUGGGAUGUAUAUUUACAGUAGCAUUCAGUGGAUGGAUAUCAUCAACCCGUUUAGGAUGGCCAUGGAGUUUUUACAUAACAGGAAUUUUAUCAUUUAUAUGGACCAUUUUCUGGACGUUUCUUGGCUCUAAUAAUCCUUAUACUCAUAAAAAAAUUACAGAAUUAGAAAUUAAAUACAUAACAGACAAUGUAAAUGAAGAAGAUGAAGUUAAGACUAAAACUAUUCCAUGGAAACACAUCAUACGUUCACUACCACUUCUGACGCUUAUAGCAUUUUCAAUGUUAAAUGAAUUUGGAUUUGCCAUGUUUACCAACGAUAUACCUUUAUACAUGAGUAGUGUACUAAAAUUUGAUAUCGACAAGAAUGGUUUCUUAUCUGCCCUUCCAUAUGCUGUUAAUUUCGUAAUUCAUUUUCUAAAUGGCUCGUUUUUUGACUGGAUCAUUAAUAAAAAAUACGUAUCUUUAGAAAUGGGACGGAAAAUCUCAGGGUCACUUGGCGCAAGUGGUUCGGCUAUUGCUUGUAUCGUUCUUGGUUUUCUAACCAGUAACCAAGUUAAUUUAGCAGUAGUAUUCGUCAUAUUGGGCUAUGCAAUUCAUGCUCCUGCUGGAAGUUUAAUUUUCACAAACCUUUUGGACAUAGCUCCAAGAUACAAUGGCACCUUAAUGGGUGUAAUUAAUACAUGUGCCAAUCUAUUUGCUUCUCUAGCACCAUUAAGUGUUCAAUGGAUUGUAACCGAUAAGAGCGAUGUAGCACAAUGGGCGGUGGUUUUCUUUCUUAUGGCAGGAUUUCAAGUUUUCUCCACAAUCCUCUUAAUAUGCUUUGCGUCUGGAGAAGUUCAAUAUUGGAACUAUAUAGAAAAUGAAAAAGAAAGAAGCAAUGACAGAGAUAAUAAAUGAAGACUUAUUUUUGUUAGGAUGAAUUUACGUAGAAGCAGAAAAAGCCAAAUUACAAAUGCGUAAAUAAGAAUGAAGUAUUUAGUUGUGUGUACUAUUUCUUAAAGCAUGCAUAAAAGUCAACUGCGUAUAAAUUAUAUAUAGUAACUGAUGAACAUUAUUCGUUUGUUAUUACAAACAGAAUAAACGAUUAAAUUACAAUAAAGUAGAACAAAGUAAAAACCGUCAAUCACCAAUUAAUUAUUUUCUUACGUUUAACUAAACACACGAUGUUCACCAACCAUACUAACACUAACAUGUUUUACAAUCGUCCGAGAGUUGGCGACUAAUUUGCGAAAAGCAAUAAUUAGUACCGCCUAAAAGUUAGUAGAAAUGUAAUUUUAAUAUAUUCAGAAAAGGAGUGGAUAUUUUGCCAGAAUACCAGGUUAACUAUGUUGCAAAGUCAAAAAUCAUCCUAAAUUAACUAG